AUGGGUUCAGUUGCUGAUGGGCUGUUCACGCAAAGCUUCAAGUUGUUCGAGGAGAGCGCGUACGAGGCGCUCCAAGCGGCCGCGAAGGACUACCUCGUCGAGCUGUUUGAGCAGGCCAACCUCUUUGCCGUGCACGCGAAGAGGGUGACUUUGAUGCCCGCGGACUGGGAGCUGAUGAGGAAGCUGAGGAAGAAGGAGUUCCGGAAUCCCUUGGGAAUGGCAGCGUUCUGGUAG